AUGGACCUGUCACGCAGCGAUUUCACGACCAUAACGCUCGGCAGUACCGUGUCUGUUGGCGGCGACAUUAAGUUUCGGAUCAGCGACACGUUGACCAGCAUUGACCUCGGCAGCUUGCAAGAGCUGGGCGGUGUCAUGGACGUUAGCGAGUUGCAAAACCUUGAGGCCUUCGACAUGGGCCAACUGACAGUUCUGGAGCAGGACCUUGAGGUCAACUCCCCAAAGCUCACGUCCGUUGACCUUGGCGCGCUGACAAGAGUGAAUGGCAGCAUCACACUGUAUCGGAGCUUGUUCAGCAUGUUCACCACACAGCAACUGGAGCGUGUCGACAGAGACGUGAGAAUUUGGCGAUGCGACUCUUUGCUCAGCAUUGAUCUCAGUGGCUUGCAAACGUUGGGAGGUGACCUGUCCUUACAGUACUUACCAAGGCGUGAAGCAGUCAUCCUGGGCAACUUGGCAACUCUUCCACACAAUGUGAAGGUCCACUCUGCCGCGCUCAAGCGCGUUGAUUUUGGCCAGUUGACAAGGGUGGAAGGAGAUAUUUCUUUUUCCAUUGUAACCAAGCUGACAACGCUGGACCUUCAGCGCAUUGAGUACCUCACUACAGUUGACUUCAAUCACUUGCGAACCGUGGGCGGCCGUGUGGACCUCAGCUCCCUGUCGAGGCUGGAGGAGUUGCGCAUGGGCAAGCUCGCAGCCCUUUCACGUGGACUCAGUGUGGCCAAUGCCCAACUCACGCACAUGGACUUUGGUGAGCUGACGCAUGUUAGUGGCAACGUUGACCUGAGCAACAACCGCUUGACAACAAUCGAGCGUGGGCGACUGGAGGUGAUCACCGGCAAUCUCGACGUGCGGGGUAACCCGCUGAGCUCCUUCGAUAGCGAUGUGUGGAACACAAUUGUUCAAGGGCAGGUGUUCAUGUGA